GGGCGGCGCCUGAGCCUUGCUGCUGCCUCCAUUCCGCCCUGCGCGCGUCUCCAUCCCCGUCUCCAUCCCCGUCGCCCCAGAGGCCGGAGGGCGCGCAGCAGAGGCCCCCUCGCAGGGGACGCCAGCCUCCCACAAGGUAGGUGAUGGGGGGCUGGGGGGGACCCCCAUCCAUCCCUCCAUCCCUCCCCACAGCGGAGGGAGAGGCAGGCAGCCAUCUCUGGGCGCGGGGAGAUCCCGGGCCCGGCCCCUCCAUCCAGACCUUCAAAGAUGCAAACCCCGCACCUGCGCCACCAAGUCCAGAUUCUCCCCAUCUCCAUCCUUCCCCCCCCCAAAAAUACAAGCUCCGCCCCUCAUCCUCACGGCUACCUGCUCUCCAUAGACCCCCCCAACGCAUCUCUGUAUCCAACCCUCCUUCCCAGCCACGCACACCUGAACCCCCCCCAUAUCUAAUCUGCCCAACCCUCCUCCCUUUCCGGUAUUUCCCAUCGCGCCCCAUCUCCAUUCCCAGUUGCACCUCGCCGUGGAUCACAUCCAUCGCUGUAGACCCCAUCCUGACACCCCACCCUCCGUAUUCCAGCACCCUGCCCUCCUUCAACAACACACCUAUUUGUGGCUCCAGAAUCACACCCGUUUCCAUCACCUGGGGUAGAGGCCACACCCUAUUAUUAUUAAUAUUAUUUAUUAUUAUUAUUAUUACUACCACUAUUCGACGGGCAUCUGCAACUGACAUAUUGCCAUAUCCCCCAGAAUCCCUCUGGUCUGCCCUCUUCCUCGCUCACACCCAUCUUCCACUCCUUGUAAACAGCACCUUCCAGUGGGGUCCCCACCCAAAGCACCCCCAUUUCCCUCCUGUAUUUGCCACCCUCUCCCCCCCCCCCAGCGGCUUUCUUUGCCGCCUCCUGGCAUCCCUUUUCCUUCCAGAUAUUUGCUUGCCUAAAAACAACACGGCCAUUUCCCUUCUGUCCCCACCCCCUAGAACUGCCUGUCAAGACGGGCGAACCAUCCCUGAAUAUCUUUGACAGCCUCCGAAGGCCGCAGGUUCAGUGUGAUGGAGAAAUAAAAGGCAGCGUUCCUACGUUAAUCCCUUGCAUGCUUACUCGGAAGUAGGCUCCACUGUCUCCAGCAGGGCUUACUCCCUAGUAAGUGUGUUGCACAACCAAUUAUACAACCAUGCUGCUGCUAAACACUGUCCCAACACAUUCUCAAGAUGUUAUUUUAUUUUUUGUUUUAAAAAAGAGGGAAACAGUUCCUUUGAGCUUAGUUGUAUAUUUUGCUUUGGCAUGGGACCGGGUCUCUUGCAUAGUAAAUGAAGAAAACCAGGCCAGCUGGGUGUGGGGAAGUGUUGUGUAAUGGUUAGAGUUUCAGACAAGGAACUGGGAGGUCUGGGUUUGAAUUCUCGUUAAGCCAUGAAGGCUGAUCCUUGGGCCGGGUACUGUCUCUCAGCCUAUCCUGCCUCACAGGGGGGUUGUGUGAGGAUAAAAUGGGAUGGGGAAUUGACUGUGUAUGUAGCUACUGUGAGCUCCUUGGAGGAAAGGUAUAUAGGUAAUCAUUAAAUCAAACAAAUAAAUAAAUGUGGAAGGGGAGUUGAUUGAGAAUCACCAGUACACAAACAUGUCUCUGUUUUAAUCUGUGAAACCCAGGAAGAUACCAAAGGCACAUGCAGCCAAACUUCCUCUAUAAACCCUUAAAGAGAGGGAUUUUGAAAAAAAUGAUCCUUGGCAAAUAAAGGGUCUUCUGGGCAUGUGUUUAUUGUGGGAUGGAUGCUUCUCGUAUGUGGACAUUUUUUGCAGAGUCUGCACAGCAUCCUUGGCAUCUAAAUGCCAGCCCAUAACCUCCCCCGGCCCACACAAAUUUAAUCAGGAUUUACCCUUUCUGGGGAAUACUUGAUAAGUUAAAAGAAAACCUGUUGCCAAAGAAGCAUCUGCGAUAUCUGAACGAUCUGUUUACAAUAUCAAGCCCCCAUCUGGACGCGCCGAAAAAUGAUUGACGUCGUUUCCUGCGCCAUCCAUUGAUUCUUCCCAACAGCUCUUUGUGCUCAGAAAGGAAGACUUGCUCAUAUUUCUACCUCUGGAUAUGCAUUCAAACACACAGAGUUGUGGAGUUUUUUUAAUGGAGUUCCAAAGGAGGCUUGGGAAUAGCAGUUUUGCAAGAGUGCAGUCAAUUUUAGGGGUUUCAAAGUGCCCACUGGACACUCCAUAUGGAACCAGAGAUCGUGGUAUCUCCUGAAAGCUGUGCUGUAAAAGGAUGUGAUAUUACGUUUGUAUAUCCUAGUCAGUAUUUGGGGACGCAGUUUUAUAUCUCUAGUUGAGAGCUGCCAAAUCAAGCGGCCCCUUAAACUGAAAAUUUGGCCAGUCUUAGGCUGUGUACACGCUAUAACUCUAAAGCACAUUCAAAUAACCUUCUUUCCCUCAAAGAAUUAUGGGCACUGUAGUUCGUUAAGGCUUGCUAGGAGCUUUAACUCUGUGGGGGUUAAACUACAGUGCCCAGAAUUCUUUGAGGCAAAUAACGUGCUCCGAAUGUGUUUUAAAAGUGCUUAGACUGUAAACCUGCAGGAAGGCCAAUCUUGUUUCUAAAUUGUGACUAAGCACCUUAAACAGAUUUUGAGCACAACAUUGUUAUCCUUAUCAACAUCAAUGACACCAAUGUGCCUUUUGAAGGAAGAGGAACAUGAAUUUUACAAAAUCCUCAGUUGUUAAAAAGACAAGAGCCUGCUUAGAGACUGAUUUUUUUCAAAAAAUAUUAUUUAUUGAAAAAUAAAAAAUACAAAAGUACAAGUGCACAGAGUAAGAUAAGACACAAAAAAGAAGAAAAAAGAAGAAAUAGUAUCCAUGGAAGAAAACAUAACAGAAAAAAGAUAUUGUGUACAGAACAUAAAAGGGGGGCAGGGAUUGUUGUUGUAGUUAACCAGACCUUAAUCUAAUAUGGUAUUUAUAAAAAUCAAUUCCAUAUAUACACAUACUGUAAUAUACUGCAAUAUACUGUAAUAUACUGUAUAUAUAAAAAUCAGUUCCAAAUAUCAUUAAAUUUGUCCAUGGCAAGUCUACGUUUGUACACAACUUGCUCACGUGUAGCAAGUUUGCGGCUCCCUUUAAUGACUGGAUUGAAGAUGUGCUUAGAGCCUCGAUAUGACCGUCAUAGUAAUGGGUUGAGUCAUCCAACACUGUGUUCCAAAGCGUACAAUGAAUUUCAGAGGUAUAGCCGCAUUAAUCUGUUACUGUCCGCUCUAUUGUGGCACAAACUUUUGCGGGCUAAACCCCACCGUGCACCUGAUGGGCUCAGCCUGUGAAAGCUUACGCCACAAAGACUUGAAGCUCCCGCGGGAUUUUUAAUGGUUCCGGAUCAAAAUAGUGUUUGCGGUGCUGUUUUGCUGGGACAGCUCAGGUGUUAUGGGGCAGGCCUCUCUCCUGUUCCUUAUCAUCUCAAAUCUGGAAUGGCUCACAGGUCCUAUCUGUCGCCGCACUGCUAAAUAAAUGGUAUCCCCGCGGAGGACCUUAAGGUCCACAAAUGACAACAUUUUGGAGGUCCCAGGUGGUUAGAUUGGUUUCAACUAGGGCCAGGGCCUUUUCAGUGCUGGCCCCGACUUGGUGGAACGCUCUGUCACAAGAGACCAGGGCCCUGUGGGACUUGACAUCUUUCCGCAGGGCCGGCAAGACAGAGCUGUUCCGCCUGGCCUUUGGUUUGGACUCAGUCUGACCCUUAUGUCUUCCCUCCCCUUAUGGUCUUGAUUUAUCGGCUACUUUAAAAUGAGGCUGCAUUUUAAGUUGCAUUUUAACCUGUAUUUUAAAUUGGUUUUUCCCCCCUAUUAUGUUUUUAUUGUAAUUUUACUGGUGCUAGCCAGUAAAAGCCCUAAGCCCAGUUCUGGCCGGGGAGGGCAGGGUAUAAAUAAAAUUUAUUAUUAUUAUUAUAAAUAAAUACUUGCACCCAGUGCUUCCCCCCCAAAAAAUAUUUAGUGGGUACCCUCAUUUCCUACUCAUAUUGAAAUACUGCCCCUCAGUGAGGCCAAACUUAGAUUCACAAAAAGUUGAGGGGCAUGUGUACCCCCGCGUACCCCCAGAAAAAAAGCAACGCUCGCACCCUUUCCUGAAGGUGUCUGUCUGAUAAUGCUUUUCAUAGAAUAAAUAGAAUAAUUGUGGAGGUAGUGGGGACCCCGAAGAUCAUCCAUUCCAACCCCCUGCAAUGCAGGAGUCUUUUACCCAGGGUGGGACUCGAACCCACAACCCCAUUCUCUACAACUAUUUAUUUAUUUAUUUCAAAAUUUUUAUUCAUUUUAUAACACAAAUAAAGAACACAAACAGAAAAAACAAACAAUACAAACAAAUUCUUGUCAUAUCCUUAUUUUUCUAAACAUUGUUAGGUGAGCUUCCCCAAGUCCCCCCCCAUCUGAUUUUCAUUUUACCUCAUCUUUAGCAGUUACAUAUAUCAUAAUUUCUGACCAUUUUUUUAAUCACGCUUCCUUUAACCAUAAAAAUCUUCACAUUUUAUCCCUUACAAAUAAUACUAUUUUAAAAUACACUAUUUUCUACUUCUAACCCUACAGCCUAUAUCCACUUCCAAAGCUACCGUAUUCUAAGAUUUAAAUAUUCUCUAUGACUAUCUAAAGGGAUGUGGGUGGCGCUGUGGGUUAAACCACUGAGCCUAGGACUUGCCGAUCAGAAGGUCGACGGUUCAAAUCCCCGUGAUGGGGUUUGCUCCCGUUGCUCUGUCCCUGCUCCUGCCAACCUAGCAGUUCGAAAGCACGUCAAAGUGCAAGUAGAUAAAUAGGCACCGCUCCGACGGGAAGGUAAAUGGCAUUUCCAUGCGCUGCUCUGGUUCGCCAGAAGCGGCUUAGUCAUGCUGGCCACAUGACCCGGAAGCUGUCUGCGGACAAACGCCGGCUCCCUCGGCCUAUAGAGUGAGAUGAGCGCCGCAACCCCAGAGUCGUCCACAACUGGACCUAAUGGUCAGGGGCCCCUUUACCUUUACAUUUAUGACUAUCUAAAAGCCAAGUUUGCACAGCGUGAAGAUCAUGAGGUUGGCCUAAGAUAGGUCCGUAUAUCUGGAAGUUUCAAAUUCUGCUGUUCAGCUCCAUUCCGAUUCUCCUCUGCUUCUCCUCUUUAGCAGAGGGGAAAAUCUUCCAGGAGCCAUGACCAAAGACGACUCGACGGACCUCCCUUCGGAGGAGGACCACCAGCCGCUGGAAUUCCAGAGCCCUGUCCUGGAGCGGAGGAAGAAAGCGAUGGUCCACCCUUCUGCCCCAGCCCCACUCCCCAAAGAUUAUGGUGAGUCCCUUCCUUGAAGUCCAUCAUUUGCCUUGAAUUCCAUCGUUCCAAAGCUGGAAAGAUGCACAAAAUCUGUGCAUAUUUUGAUAAGGCAGGAGCUGGGCGGUCAACGGGUCACAAAUUAAGUGGUUGCAUGGGAUCAGGGCCGGAUUGAGGUUUGAUGCGGCCCUUAGCUCCUGAAGGUAAUGGGGCCCUUUCUAUGUCCAGCUGUCCUUUGUCCACAACAAAUGGUCGCUGUUUUUUGUGUUGAAUAUAUGCUAGAUGGUCAUUGAUGGACCUCAUAGGUAUCUCAAGCCAUUGGCACGUCGCAAAAGAUGUAUUUUAUCAAAGUAAGUGUUGAACUGAAAUACAGUUAAGAAGAAGUCUAUUAAUAGUGAAAUACAAUGAAGAAGAAGUAUAUUAAUAGUGGAAUAAUUAUUAAGCUCUAACCUGAAAUGAUUUUUGAUUCGUAACAAACUUAAUAAUGCAAACACAUUGGCAUUUGGCAAAAACGAAAGUUCCUUUAGAAACACAGUUUACAAAGACUCAUCAUCUAGUCUCUAGAAACUUGCUAGAACAUGAAAUAAUAAUGGGUGUAAAUAUAUGAUCUAAACUACUAAUAGUGGUAAAUAGCAGAAUGUCGGCACCCUGUAUAUAGAAAGGAGCAAACCAGGGAUAUUUUAGGGAGCAGGCUAGCAGGAGGGGCCCAUGACUUGCAUCCUAGGAGCCUACACAACACAAAACACGGUUGCUGUAUGUAGGUUUUAUUUUAUUUGUUUUUUAUCUUUUAUUUUGGAAAUGUACAUCCAGGGGGGGUUUUCCUUUACAUUUUUUGGGGGCCCCCAAGAGAGUGGGGCCCUAAGCUAGAGCUUGUUCAGCUUAUACAUAAAUCAGGCUUUGCGUGGGAUGCUUCAAAGCAAUUUCUUCCGCUGUGCUCAGGGCUGCAGGCGCUUUGCAUGUAGAAGAAACAAGGUGGUUGCGCCCUAAUGCAGAGCAGCUGCUUUGCAUGCAGAAGGCCUCAGACUGACUCUCAGGCAUCUCCAUCAAGCAAUAUCAGGUGUGUGGGGGGGGGUAAGGAAAACCCCUCUUUGCCCGAAACUCCGAAAAGCCACAGCCAGGGAGAGUAGGCAGUACUAAAGCAGAUGAUAGUCAAAUACAGUGGUACCUCGGGUUACAUACGCUUCAGGUUACAUACUCUGCUAACCCAGAAAUAGUGCUUCAGGUUAAGAACUUUUCUUCAGGAUGAGAACAGAAAUCGUGCAGCAGCAGUGGGAGGCCCCAUUAGCUAAAGUGGUGCUUCAGGUUAAAAACAGUUUCAGGUUAAGAACGGACCUCCGGAACGAAUUAAGUACUUAACCUGAGGUACCACUGUAGUCUGACCCGAUAAAAGGCAGCUGCAUAUGUUUCGUACCAAGAAAUGCACAGUUUUGCAACCUGUGUACAUUAAGCGGAUUUGCAUCUGUUUCCUAAGUUUGCAUAGUUUAUUGUUUUCCUGUGCAAGGAUAAUGGAGCAGUGCAGGACGCCAUCUCUUGAAACGCUUUUCCGUCUUUGGAAAGCUCGUCACAUUCCUUUAAGCAAAGGAUGGCUAACUUGUGCCCCCGUCCUCUGCCCAAAUGUAGCGGCAGGUGACCCACCUCCUAAUAAUAAUAAUAAUGUCUGACAGUUGGCCAUGUUGGAUGGAGCUGAUGGGAGUUCACAGACAUCCCAUCCCUGCUUUUUAAUCCCUCUCUUUGAAUCUGCAAGGGUUAAAAAUAGCUUUUUUUAAAAAAGGGAAAGAAAUCAAAGCAGAGAUUAUGGAGGCGCAAAUUUUUCCUUCCCCUCAUCCUAUCAUAUAAAUAAUAAAUCACAAUAAUCAUCACGGAUAGAAUAACCAGAAAUACAAACCUUCUUUCUCCCAGAGACCAGGCCUCUUUUUUUGUGAUAAGGAAAGUGAGGGAUAGCACUCGCUUCAAUGCAACGUCAUAUUAACCUCCUUGCCACCAAAUCAAAAAUGAAUGUUCACGAAAUGGCCAACGGCAUCUAAUCUCUCUGAAAAUAAAUCAGGGUAGAUGCUGAUCGAAUGGGUUGUCUGGAAGGGCCCCAGGACGCUAUGGCGCAACCUGUUGAGAUGGGGGUGUGGGAAAAAAAAGAUUUAUCAGGAUAUUAUUUUUAACCACCCUCGUCAAGUUCGGAAGCGCAGGGCCCCGGUUACAAUUUUUGUUUGCUUGCCUGCUAAAAGUUGGUUAAAAGGAAACCAAGGGCAAAACAAAGCAGGAGAAAACAAAGCGAUUGUUUAUUCCGGUUGCUCCUAAUGUGCAGAAUUCUAGGCCUUUAUUUAUCAUAGAAUAUACACAGUCCCGCCAACCAUGUGUUUAUCUGCAACAUGAGAGAAACAGGCAAAAAAAUGUUCAAAUGCUCCUUCCCUAAAAAACCUGAAGUCUUCCUGCUAGGAAUUAUGGGUAAUGAAAUCCCCCCAAAAGUUCAGGAGAGUUUUUAUGUAUGUUACAGUCGCUGCCAGAAUUCUAAUCGCAAAAGGCUAGAAGUAGAGGAUAUCCCAUCUAAAUUAGAUCGGCAAAACAGGAUACGAAUAUGCCGAACUGGCGAGAUUAUCAGCAAGGUUAAGAGAUGUUACAGGUGAAAAAUUUAUCAGAGAGUGUGAUAUAUAUGUAAAAGAACACGGUCAAAGAUCAGUCCAUUUGGCAGGUCUUGAUUGAGCUUCGGCGUGUAAGUAGGAUAAUGUUAAUAUAAAAUAAAAUUUAUAGUAAGUCAAAGAAGAUAGAGGAAGUAAAGUAGUUUAAGCGCGGAUUUAAGGAACUUAAUUUGGGAACGCAAGGGGAAGAUUUAAUCACACAUGGAUGUACAAAGCAAGGAUUUGUUAAAUAAUGAAUGAUUGUUUAUUUCUUAUUUUGCCUGUAACAUCUAUUGCGUAUUUCUGUUACAAUGUUUUCAACCAAUAAAGCAAAUAGAGAGAGAGAAAGGGGCACCUGAGACAGGUGAUGUUUCACAGCUCUGGGGAUGAUGCUGAGGCCCAUUCGUAGACCCAAUGGUGUGCUAGAAUCAGCUCCCUUGAUUAGGAAUGACACACUUAGGCUUUCAACAUCCCACAAUAAAAUACGACUGAGAGCAUUCCAGGAUGGCGGAAGAAAACGUAGCUCUCAGAAAGUCUGGAAAGUUCCGUGAGCAGCUCCAGAACAUUCCAGGAUGUGAGCGGAAAAGAAACGUACCUGUAUAUAGCAUCCCCAAAACUCUUUUCAGCCAAACACUCGCCCUCUUCUUGUUAAAAGCAAAAACAGCCAAGUCGACACAGAUACUUAAUAUGCAUAAAUUCCCCCUCCAGUGCCGGAUUUACGUACAAUGGUACCUCGGGUUACAUACACUUCAGGUCACAUACGUUUCAGGUUACAGACUCCGCUAACCCAGAAAUAGUACCUCGGAUUAAGAACUUUGUUUCAGCAUAAGAACAGAAAUCGGGCUCCAAGUGGCACGGCGGCAGCGGGAGGCCCCAUUAGCUAAAGUGGUACCUCAGGUUAAGAACAGUUUCAGGUUAAGAAUGGACCUCCAGAAAAAAUUAAGUACUUAACCCGAGGUACCACUGUAUAAGCUAAACAAGCUCUAGCUUAGGGCCUCACUUUCUUGGGGGCCCCCAAAAAAAUUAAAGAAAAAACCCCCUGGAUGUACAUUUCCAAAAUAUAAGAUGAAAAGCAAAUAAAAUAAAACCUACACACAGCAACUGUGUUUUGUUUUGUGUUGUGUCGGCUCUUAUGGUGUAAGUCCUGGCCCCCUUCUUACCUGCUCCCCAAAAUAUCCCUGGUUUGCUCCUUUCUAUAUAUAGGGGGCCCACAUUCUGCAUGGAAUGGUUGCACGGAAACAUGUGCAAAUGGCUUGAGAUACCUCCUAGGACCAGAAAUUACCAUAUAGCAUAUGUUCAACACAAAAAGCAGCAGCAAUUUGCUGUGGACAAAGGACAGCUGGACAUAUCAAGUGCCCCAUUACCUUCAGGAGCUGAGGGCCUCAUCAAACCUCAAUCCGGCCCUGUCCCCCACAAAUGAAAAACACUAAUCUGUUGUUCCUGUAUGGAGUUCGGGGUCUAAGCUGUGAAAAUCAGCUGUUUGUCCUGUUUCUAGAUGAGAGGGUGGCCCCCCAAGUGGUUUCCUGGAACGCUGGACCCUAAAACCAGCCCUGGCGUGUUGGCAAGGAUCAUCAUGGCACGUGCUAGGGGCAGGUGUGUGUGGCAGGUUCUGAGGCCGAACCCCCGUGAGAAGCAAAUAAUUCGAGCAUUUGGGGACGGCCAGAUACAAAUAUGCAGCGGCUGUGGGGUGCACAGUUUGGCCUGGUCCCUCUGACGCCUGCCAGACCUCAGCUCAACAGGCUUUUUUUUGGCGCUGCCCGUGGAGAAAAGCCAUGAACGAGCGAGUUGAGGAGGGCUGGGGCGAGGGAGAGGAGAAGGGGAAUUGGAAGCCCUGGGCACGAUCAAGGGCUCCUUCAGUCCAGCAGAGACAAGGGAGCAGUUGUGGAGGCUUUUUGGAGGUUGCCCUGGAGACGGCAAGGGCCAUUGUGGGUUUCCUCUUGACUGCAAGGGAAGAGAACAAGAGACGCUUCAAAUGUGACACAGAGGCAGGUCCAGCGCCGGAUUUACGUACAGUAUAAGCUAAACAAGCUAGAGGCCCCACUCUCUUGGGGGCCCCCCAAAAAAUUAAAGGAAAGCUGGAUGUAUAUUUCCAAAAUAUAAGAUAAAAAACAAAACCUACAUACAGCAACAGUGUUUUGUGUUGUGUCGGCUCCUAGGAUGUAAUAAUAAUAAUAAUAAUAAUAAUAAUAAUAAUAAUUUAUUAUUUGUACCCCGCCCAUCUGGCUGAGUUUCUCAAGCCACUCUGGGUGGCUUCCAACAAAGAUUAAAAUUACAUUAAAAUGUCACACAUUAAAAACUUCCCUGAACAGGGCUGCCUUCAGAUGUCUUCUAAAUAUCAGGUAGUUUUUCUUCUCUUUGAGAUCUGCUGGGAGGGCGUUCCACAGGGCGGGCACCACCACUGAGAAGGCCCUCUGCCUGGUUCCCUGUAACUUUGCUUCUCGCAGGGAGGGAACCGCCAGAAGGCCCUCGGAGCUGGACCUCAGUGUCUGGGCAGAACGAUGGAGGUGGAGACGCUCCUUCAGGUCUACUGGACCGAGGCCAUUAAGGGCUUUAAAAGUCAGCACCAACACUUUCAAUUCUGCUCAGAAAAGUACUGGGCGUCAACGUAGGUCUUUCAGGACUCAUGUUAUAUGGUCUCAGCAGCGACUGCCAGUCCCCAGUCUAGCUGCCGCAUUCUGGAUUAGUUGUAGUUUCUGGGUCACCUCCAAAGGUAGCCCCAUGUAGAGCACAUGGCAGUAGUCCAAGCGGGAGAUAACCAGAGCAUGCACUACACUGUAAGUCAUGGGCCCCGCCUGCUCGCCUGCUCCCUAAAAUAUCCCUGGUUUGCUCCUUUCUAUAUAUAGGGUGCCAACAUUCUGCAUGGACUGCUUGCAUGGCAACAUGUGCAAAUGGCUUGAGAUACCUAUUAGGUCCAUCAAUUACCAUAUAGCAUAUAUUCAACACAAAAAACAGUGACAAUUUGUUGUGGACAAAGGACAGCUGGACAUAUAAAGGGCCUCAGCAGUAGCUUAGGGCCUCAUCCAACCUAAAUCCGGCCCUGGGCAGGUCCCUCGCAAUACUUUGCGCCCAUGCAAAGCCCUCGCCAAUCCUCUUAGCUCCCCGUAUUGUCCUGGUUGAUUGAUGGGUUGAAUUUGCAUCGUCCCGAUGGAGCCCAGGGUGACAAACGCCUCAGAUGCAAAAACUAAGCAGUUAAAAGACGGUAAAUGCAAUUACAGUGGAAAACAUCUAAAAGCAAUUACAGCUAGAAAAUGUUGUUUAAAACAUUAUUUCAUCCUGCCAGGGCUCUCAGGAGCAGAAUUCUUCAGCCACCAAAGUGCCUGAAUAAACAGAAAUGUUUUCAAGUUCAUAAUGAUAGAGUGCCUUCCAUCUGCUUCAGCCCCAUUCUGGACAGGGAUACAUGAACUUCUGUUGUUUAUGCUCUGGUAACAUCUAGGAUAGAUUACUGCAGCAUAUUAUACAUGGGGCUGCCUCUGAAGACGGUUCAGAAACUUCAGCGGGUGCAGAAAUUGGUGGGCAGGUUGAUCACCGGGGCAAGAAGGUCUGAACAUAUUACACCGAUCCUAGCCUGACUGCAGUGGCUGCCAAUUAUUUUCCAGGCCCCAUUAACAGUGCUGGUUUUGAUCUAUAAAGCCUUAAACGGCUCAGGACCGCAACAGCUCAAGGACCGUCUCCCCCCCAUAUGUCUCCCUCAUAUGAACCAGUCCUGACCCUGUGAUCACAAUCUGAGGCCUUUCUUCUGGAAGUCCAGAGCGCAGAAACAUGAGAACAGGGCCUUUUUUGUGGUGGCUCCCCGUUUGUGGGAUGCUUUCCUAUUGAAAACGCUCCUGUUAGGUGCCAGGUGAAAUCACUGCUCUUCUCCCGGGCCUUACACAACUUCUGGCCUUUUAAACUGUGUUUGCAUGUUAUGGUUUCGUUUGUUAUUUUGUUACGUUUUUAUACUGCACACCGCACUGCAAUCCUUGGAUGGAGGUAUAUAAAUUUAGCGACAAAGACAGACACACCUUGCUAGGGAGGGCCUGCCACAACCAAGGGGCCACCACUGAAAAGCCCCUGUCAUGGGGCAGCGGCAACCAGGAGACCCCCAACGGCACCGCCAAGGCCUCACCUGCUGUGGGUAUUAAGAAGGCAAUCUUUGGGUCUUGAGCAAUUUAGGACUUUAUUUGCUAGCAUUAAUACUGUGGAUUUGGUCCAGUAGGUCACUAGCUGCCAGUCCCUACAGACAUGGUUAGGACUGCAGCCGGAACCAACUAAAUCUUCUGUUUGAUUAAGGGACAGAAUCCAUAUGUAAUCAGGGAAGGCAUAUUUUAAUCAAAGGGGCUGCAAAUCAGCUUCACAGUUUUUGGGAGUUUGUAUUUAAAUUGUUUGGUUCUGAGGUGUUAUUGUCCUAGGAAAUACACACACACACACACACACACACACACACACAUAUAUAUAUAUGAGGCCUUGUUUUCUAACACGGUGUAUCAUAGCGUUUGUUGAUUAAACCGUAAAUUAUCCUGUGCUCCAGUACUGAAGGAAGAGUUCCCUUUGCGGAAACUGCUUUAUCGAGUUUGGGAAUAGUGUGCUGAUUAAAUUGAAUUGGUUAAUCAGCAAAAGGGCAGGUGAUUAAUAGACUGCAGUGCAUUCAUCCGGUCAAGAAGGGCCUUGAUGGAAAUUGGACCUGCUCUACUCCUGCAGUGAGCUGAGCACAAAGGAACGUCCCGGCAGGUGGAAUUUAUAGUUGGUUUAUCAUACAGAGAUGAAUUGCAGGGGUAGCCAAGGCCUUCCAGAUCAUUGUGGGCUACCAAUUCCCAUCAGCCCCAGCCAAUAUCUAAGAAGCCGCUCUGCCAUAACGCGGAGGGGGGCUUUUAAUUUAGCUGCCCCUGUUCUGUGAAAUAGCAUUCCUGUCGAGGUAUUACAAUAAUUUAUAAUAAUAAUUUAUUAUUUAUACCCCGCCCAUCAGGCUGGGUAUCCCCAGCCACUCUGGGCGGCUUCAAACAGAAGACUAAAAUACAAUAACCUAUUAAGCAUUAAAAGCUUCCCUAAACAGGGCUGCCUUCAGAUGUCUUUUAAAAAUAGGAUAGCUGCUUAUUUCCUUGACAUCUGGUGGGAGGGCGUUCCACAGGGCGGGCACCACCACCAAGAAGGCCCUCUGCCUGGUUCCCGGUACCUUCGUUUCUUGCAGUGAGGGAGCCAUCAGAAGGCCCUCGGCGCUGGACCUCAGUGUCUGGGCUGAACGAUGGGGGUGGAGACGCUCCUUCAGGGAUACUGGACCAAGGCCGUUUGGGGCUUUCAAGAUCAGCACCAACACUUUGAACUGUGCCUGGAAACGUCCUGGGAGCCAAUGUAGGUGUUUCAAGACCGGUGUUAUAUGGUCCCCAGUCUAGCUACCGCAUUCUGGAUUAAUUGCAGUUUCCGGGUCACCUUCAAAGGUAGCCCCAUGUAGAGCGCAUUGCAGUAGUCAAUGGGUCUUGGCCCUGUCUAUUUUGGAUUGUUUUAGUUUAGUUUUAGUUUAUGUUUUUUAAAUGUCUUGGCUUUUUGGGGGUGGUUUUUUUGCAUAACUAUUUAUUCACUUUCCAAUUAAAACAAACAAAAACAUCUACAAUAUUUUUUUUAAAAAACAUAGUUUUGAUUGACUUCCCUCCCCUCCCCCUCUUGGUUUCCUUGUCUAAUACUUUUUCCACGCACGUUCUUAAAACCUUAUAUUCUUACUGUUUCGAUUUGAAAUCAUCUUAUUACAAGUGACAUGUAGAAUUUUUCCUAAUUUGAGGAGAAUCUGUUCCAGGGUCCAAGCUUAGUACAUAACACCGAAAUUACUACUCGACUCCUGAGCAUAUUUCAAAAUCCAUACACAAAGCUUAUGAAAAACAUGCAGUCGUUUAUCCCCUAAGAUGAAAAAGAAAAUAAAGAAAGAAAAUGUCGAAGUCCUUUCUUUCUUGGGUUUCAAAUUAAAUAAUUUAUCCAGCAUAGUUCAAUAGUUUAUUUUACCAAUCUUCUUUGGCGGGGGCUUCUUGCUUCUAUAAGGACGGGCUGGUCUUGGCCUCUUGGGUUCGGGAACAAAAUCUUUCGUACAACAAGUCCAUCAAAGCCUGUAUAUCUCAGUGUCAUGACUUCAGGUUUUUUAACAACACUCAUUUUCCACAUUCCUUUCCAAUCUUUGUAUAUCUUCUCCCAGGCCUUUUUAAUAAUUUUGCAUUGCCACCACAUAUAAUAACCUCCCAUCCUGUUUCCUUCCUAUCACGGUCAAAGCCUCCCAGAUCCUUUCACCCCAAAUCUCUAUUUCUUUCUCUUUUUUGUGUUUUUUUAACUGCUUUUUGCAGUUUUGAUUGUACAUCGCCUUGAGACGACUGUGCAGAAUUGAUAAACUUGCAAUAAUAUCGAUACCCGGUUGGCUCCCCCUGGCUCCAAGCCCAAUGAAUACCCAAUGAAUACCCAAAGUCUUUCAAUAUGAACGUAAUAAGGAACUGGACUCGGCUGACGUUGGCAGAGAGAGCCAAACUGGCAGAUGACCUGUUUCUAAAAUAAUAUUGCUUUGGUGGUGACUCAGGAAUACAAGCAGAAGCGAUGAGUCACUGGAUGUAGUGAUAUGCAGAAUCUCUCCUUGCAGGCUGCUCUUCCCAUAAAUUGACUGUGCAUAAAUAAGAAACUUUUUCUUCUUUUUCGUUUUUGUCUGAGUGAAGGUGAGAGGGAGAGAGUCACAACUUUUAGUUAUAAAAAAAACGGGAUCAGUGUCUCUUUUUUGGGUGGGAGGAGAGACAGGAUAACAUGGCAAUAGUUUUAUUUGUGAAAUACACACCUCUAUGAUUAUGCUUGUAGUACAAGCUUAGGAAAGAUUUGAAAGAGCAGAUUAUGGGCUCUUUAAUUCUCCAGAAGCUUAGUAGUGAAAAUAAUGUGGUUAAAAAAAUGGCUUAAGAAAGUGUGAAAGUGGAGGAACUAGAACAGGCUUCCUCAACCUCUGCCCUCCAGAUGUUUUGAGACUACUAUUCCCAUCAUCCCUGACCACUGGGAUCAUGGGAGUUAUACGGCAAAAACAUCUGGCCUGCCAGUUCUAUGAAGAUAAGAACAUAAGAGGGGUCUGGAUCAGGCCAAUGGCCCAUCUAGUCCAGCAUCCUGUUCUCACAAGGGCCAACCGGAUACCCAGGCAUAGGCAAACUCCAGCCCUCCAGAUGUUUGGGACUACAGUUCCCAUCAUCCCUGACCACUGGUCCUGUUAGCUGGGGAUGAUGGGAGUUGAAGUCCCAAAACAGCUGGAGGGCCGGAGUUUGCCUAUGCCUGCAGAUACCCAUAGGGGAAUCCCGCAAGAACAAUCUGAGCACAAGAGCUUUUCCCCUCCUGCAGUUUCCAGCAAGUUGUGUUCAUAGAAUUGUAAAGGGACCUUGAGGCACAUCUGGUUGGGUCCGUAAGGGUGAGGCGAUCUUUUGAAAAGCCACUUUUGUUUUUCAUUACCUCGGGCCUUCCGCCAUUUUACCCUCCCGUCCUCUGCAGCUUUCACUUUCUUCGACCCAAACGACCCGGCGUGUCAAGAAAUCCUCUACGACCCCAUCACCACCGUCCCGGAGCUGUUUGCCAUCAUCCGCCAGUGGGUACCCCAAGUGCAGCACAAGAUCGAUAUCAUCGGCAGUGAGGCGAGUGAUGGGCGUCUCUUGGGGGAUCGUGGGCCGAGUGGGGGAGGAGGAGGGCGCGUUGGAACCUGGGUGUGCCCUGCUGUGCUGCUCCUUGCUAGGGAGCGUAUUCCACAACCAGGGGACCACCACUAAAAUGGCCCCGUCGUGCAGGUAGGGUAGUUUCUGCAAACGCUGGCACCCCCCUCUCCUGCAGGUCUGUAGCUAGGAGCCAAGAGGUGAAGGAGGGAAGGCCCGGAAAUCCCAGCCGCAGUCAGUUAGCAGAAAGGGAGCAGCAUGGAGACCCCCCCACCCAUUCCUCAUAAUAUAAUGUGCAAUACAGUGGUACCUCUGGGUGUGAACGGGAUCCAUUCUGGAGCCCCGUUCGCAUCCUGAGCAGAACGCAAUCUGUGCAUGUGUGGGUCGCGAUUUCCACUUCUGCACAUGCGUGUGACGUCAUUUUGAGCAUCUGCGCAUGCACAAGCAGCAAAACCCGGAAGUAACCUGUUCCAUUACUUCUGUGUUGCCACGGAGCGCAACCUGAAAACGCUCAACCUGAAGCAACUUUAACCCGAGGUAUGACUGUAGGUGCUAUAUCAUUGGGGGAUGUGUGUAAGAGACCUGAGGUUUUUUUAGAUCGCAGGUGGGGAGCCCCCCAGGGGCCAAAUAUGGCUUCCCUUGUCAUUUGGCCUAUGGGACCUUUCUGAGACCACCUGCCCCCUGUCCUUCUCUCCCCUGGCCACAUCCUUCACAGACCCUGCCACAAGCCCUCCGAGAAGGCUUUCGACUGGAUGGAAUGGAUCUUUGAACUGUGAGAAUGCUUCUCCCUUGGCUGAAAGGAGGUGUAGAAGCCUCUGGCUUUUGUGUGGCUGGAGUACAGCUUGCUGCUCAAAGUUAAGCAUCAGAUCCACUCCUCAGCCCAACUCUUGCUUCUAGCCACAUACCCUUUGCUUCUGCCCUCACCCAUCCGAUUCCUGGCACUCAAUCCCAGGAAAGUCAUCUCUUGGGGAAUGUGGCUUUCAGGCUGGAAAAGAUGCUCUGCUCCACUUUUAGAUGCGCUUGCAGAUCAGCUUCAGAUUUAGGGAGGAACCAUUGAUGAGCACCCUUUGGGUUCGGUCAGUCAGCCAGUUACAAAUCCACUGAGUGGUAGCAUAGUCAAGACCACAUUUUACCAGCUUCUUUACAAGAAUAUCAUGAGGCACCUUGUCAAAUGCCUUGCUGAAAUCAAGGUAGGCUACAUCCACUGCGUUCCCUUCAUCUACCUUCCCUUCAUCUGCGUUGCCUUCAUCUGGUGAUUAGGUGGGGGUUCUUGUUGCUGGCAGGGGGUGGGUUGCGCUUGAUGACCUCUGACGCCCCUUCCAGCUUAAACUCAUCCUUGGCUAUGCCCAGCCUUUCAUGCUCAGCAGAUCAACUGAUGUGGGUGGUGUGUGCUGGGCCUGGGGGUAACUCAUGAAACGCAGUCCAGGACCGGUCCAGAAUCCGUAGGUUCCACUAGGAGUCCGUCUGACAGGGCCAAGGCAGGACACGAGGCAGGAAACCAGGCAAGGUCAGGCACAGGAUCUAGCAAACAGCAAUGUUGCUCCCGCAACCUGGGGCAGGGUCCGACAGCCUUUUAUCUUUGUCGGGGCAACGGCUGGUCCUGAUCCCCCGGCGACUCACCUCCCUUUUUCGCCUGAAAGCGAGCACUCCUCCUGCAAGUACUCAGGUCUCUCCUUCUCUCAGACCUGAGUCUCUGCAGCUCGGGAGACGUUGGUGGGUUACUAGACCCAGAGGCCACCUCAGCCUCCCCUGACCCAACCAGUAGUGGAGCAGCUGUAAGUGAUGGCCCAGCUGGAGGCAAGGAGGUCAUCCCCGCAUCUGGAGCCAGGGCAGGAUCAGGCCCCUGACUCGGCCCAGCUGGUGCUUGUUGCAGGGGAACCUGUGCAGACUGGGACUCUUCAGGAUCAGGCCCCAGACUUGGUUCAGGUGAUGCCUGAGGCAAAGGAUCCGGUGCAGACUGAGUCUCCUCUGGCUCCGAGUCCGAGCCGCUGUCCCAGGCCAUCACAUGGUGCAGGGGAGAUGGAUCUGUUUAUACCUCUGACUGACACCCUUCUUGCAUCCCGCAGAUCUUGAAGCGAGGCUGCCACGUCAACGACCGUGAUGGGCUGACAGACAUGACGCUGCUGCAUUACGCCUGCAAGGCUGGUGCCCAUGGUGUCGGUAAGGAAGCCAGUGGGGGGGUUACUCUCUAUUCUUGGCGUGCCCCCCUGCGUGUCUCUCCUGGGCCUCAGAGCCCUGCCAGCUCUCUCAGGAGAAAUCACGCUCCCGUCUGGUCUUCCAACUUGCUUUUAAAAUUGGACUCCCUGAAACCACCUGUGGGUUUUAGUCAAUUUUGCAUUCACGGCAAUAUCUGCACUACAACACACUGAAGCAGUGAUGGCCAAACUUGGCCCUCCAGCUGUUUUGGACUACAAUUCCCAUCAUCCCUGACUGCUGGUCCUGUUAGCUAGGGAUGAUGGGAGUUGUAGUCCCAAAACAGCUGGAGGGCCGAGUUUGGCCAUCACUGCACUAAGGAGUUUGAAAAUAUGGAUGAAGAAGUCUCUGGUGGUGAUUGGCUGAGCUGCCUCUGAUAUCACAGAAGCUUUGGGUUUAUCCAGGGCCGGAUUUAGACUUUUAGAGGCCUUGAGCACUGGAAAGAUUGUGAUGCCCCUACCCCCCGGAUUCAUAAUUCAAAAUAAAAACAAUGCUAAACCAUAAAAAGACCCCCCCAAAUGAGACAAAACGUACAUGUGUUCUGAAAUUAAAUGACUACUUCCAUACUUUUAUUUAAGUAGCAAGUGUCAAACUCUUUUUUGAAUAAAUGUAUUAUUUUUUGUGCUUCUGCUCUGCUGGUGCCCAGACUUGUGCUCAGUCUGCCUGUUGGGUAAUCCAGUUUGUCGCUGUGGUCCUCCUUCCCAGGUGACCCAGCCGCUGCUGUGCGCCUCUCCAACCAGCUCUUGGCUUUGGGUGCGGAUGUGACCCUGCGCAGCCGCUGGACCAACAUGAACGCCCUGCACUACGCGGCUUACUUUGACGUCCCGGAACUCAUCCGCAUCCUGCUGAAGGCCUCCAAGCCAAAAGGUGGGUUUGGAAGGAGGGGGCGGGGCCUGCCCAGAAGAGGGCGGGACUUCCUGUAUCUCCUUCGUCUCACCUCAGAGCUCACCUUGACAACACAAAGCCCUUAAUAACUUGGGGCCAGUUUACCUGUGAGAUCACCUUACCCCUUAUAUGCCCCAUCAACUGCUCUGAUCUGCAGAGCUGGCACUGUCACCGGCAUCACAUAAUACCCUUUCCACAUUUGUAAGACCUGCCCUUUGGAACUCCCUGCCAAUUGACACCAGGCAGGUGUCUGUCCUUCACUAUAUUCUUUUCAGCACCUGCUAAAAAAAAAAAAAAACUUUGUUUAGGCGAGCCUGCCCAGAUAACACAGAAUGUUGGUGUGCGUUUUAAUCACUUUUUAGUUUAUCGCCAGUCUUUAUUCUUUGAAGGCUUUGAAUUAUUUUUGCCUAUCAUUUUAUUGUUCUGUUCGCUUUGGAAACGGCUUGGAAUUUUGGGGGGUUUUUUGCCCCACAAUGGGUGCCAAAUAAUUCACGAAGUAAACAGUGGCAUAGCGUGGGGGGUGCAGGGGGGGCCGGCCGCACCGGGCGCAACAUCUGGGGGGGGUGCGCUCGCACUCGCAGCUCUCUGAGUGCUAAAAUCCACGGGUUAGGGGGCGCAAAUUACUUGCCUUGCCCCGGGUGCUGACAACCCACGCUACGCCACUGGAAGUAAAUAAUGAGUAGUCCUCUGUAAGGAGAGGUUUGCAAAAGUGCCAGAGGUGUUGGCUCAGAUUAAUUCCCUGCUUCCUUCCUAAGAAGCUCUGACCGAUAAUAUUGAGCAUCACAGCAGCAGCUGCAACAAAACAACAACCACAAAAACCAGUCAGCUGCUGUCUCCUCUUCAUCUCCUGAGGGUUGGCACUCCUAGGCAACCUUCUUCAUCAAGAAUCGCAGCACUGUGUAAGGAACGCCCAGCCAUCCACCCAUGUUUGUUGUGUUCCUUUUUAUUAUUAUUUUAAAAAAAAUUUAAUGGGCAGACUCAGCUCUGAAAUACUGUAAGGCAGGGGAAGUCAGCCCUUGCCAGUGUGGUCCGUGAUCAGGGAUGAUGGGAGUUGUAGUCCACAACAUUGCAGGGGGUUGGACUAGAUCAUCCUUGAGGGUCCCUUCCAACUCUACAAUUUUACGAUUCUAUGAUCUGGAGUGUAUCGUGUUGACUGCACCAGCACCAGAAUUCAAAAGCAUCAAUUCUUUGGCGAUCAGCCUUCUUGAUGGUCCAGCUCUCACUUCCAUACAUCACUACUGGGAAAACCAUGGCUUGAACUAUACCUUUGUUGGCAAGGUGAUGCCUCUGCUUUUUAAGGUGCUGUCUAGGUUUGUCAUUGCUUGUUAGUCUUUAAGGUGCCACAAAACUCAUUUUUGCUGUAAGAGCAACCCUUCUGGAAUUUCUGUAGCUCCCCUGGCCUUCACUUCCUUUGACCUUGUCCCAUAAACAGCCUCGCAUGCUGUGACCUGGCUUAGUGAAAGUGAGCAAGCAUGAUAAUAGUGACCAUUUCACCCUUUUCCCAGUCUCCCUGCUGCCAAGCUACUUGAAGCUAAGCUAUGGUUUGUCUCUCCCAACAAACCAUGAGUUGCAACCAAAGGUGUUCCUGCUUUGCCACUUGUGGUUUGUUUGGGGGAGACAAACCAUGAGCCUAGGUUUGAAGGUGACUAAGGCGAACCAUGGCUUAGCUCUGGGUAACAUGGCGAAAGGAGAGCUGGAGAAGGGAUGGAGCAGCCUCGGUUUCCUCUCUGGUUGCCUGCACGCUUGCCCAUUCUCACUAAACCAUGGUUUGGCUCAUCACUGCGAGUAAGUGCGAAAUGCUAACAGUGGCAAGUUGGUUCUAAUACCUGCACGACCUGUAUAUUCCUUCCCCCUUCAGUUCUGAACUCGACGUGUAGCGACUUCAACCACGGAACAGCCCUCCACAUUGCUGCUUCCAACCUGUGCCUUGGGGCCGUGAAAUGUCUCCUGGAACAUGGUGCCAACCCUGCCGUCAGGGUAAGCAAGGGAAGCUGUGGUGGAUAAACGUAUUGAUGAUGGUGGUGGUGGUGGUGAUGAUGAUAGUAGUAAUAUAUUAUUAUUUAUUACUUAUACCCCGCCCAUCUGGCAGGGCCUCCCCAGCCACUCUGGGCGGCUCCCAAAAGAAUAUUAAAAACACGAUGAAACAUCAGACAUUAAAAAGCUUCCCUAAACAGGGCUGCCUUCAGAUGUCUUUUAAAAGUCAGAUAGUUGUUUAUUUCCUUGACAUCUGGUGGGAGGGUGUUUCACAAGACAGGUGCCACCACCGAGAAGGCCCUCUGCCUGGUUCGCUGUAACCUCACUUCUUGCAGUGAGGGAACCGCCAGAAGGCCCUCAGCGCUGGACCUCAGUGUCCGAGCAGAAUGAUGGGGAUGGAGACGCUCCUUCAGGUCUACUGGGCCUUUGAGGCCGUUUAGGGCUUUCAAGGUCAGCACCAACACUUUGAAUUGUGCCCGGAAACGUGCUGGGAGCCAGUGUAGGUCUUUCAGGACCGGUGUUAUGUGGUCUCUGCGGCCGCUCCCAGUCACCAGUCUAGCUGCCGCAUUCUGGAUUAGUUGUAGUUUCCGGGUCACCUUUAAAGGUAGCCCCACGUAGAGCACAUUGCAGUAGUCCAAGCGGGAGAUAACCAGAGCAUGCACCACUCUGGCCAGACAGUCCACGGGCAGGGAGGGUCUCAUCCUGCGUACCAGAUGGAGCUGGCAGACAGCUGCCCUGGCACUUGCUCUUCUUCUUCUGUUGUUGUUGUUAUUAUUAUUACCCACCCAUCUGGCUGGGUUUCCCCACCCACUCUGGACGGCUGAUAGGAAAUGCUUUGUGGGAGGAAGGGAGGGAGGGACAAAAAAUGGGGGGUUGAGGAGGGUCCUUUUGGGGAAAGGAAGAGAGUGGGAGAGUGUCCCUAUUUUCAUUUGUGUGUGUGUGUGUGUGUGUGUGUGUGUGUGUGUUUUUGUGUGUGUGUGUGUGUGAAAGAGAGAGAGAGAGAGAGAGAGAGAGAGACUGAAAGGCUGGAGGAGCAAUCUAGUCUUUAACACAGACACAAAUAUAAGAACAGUGCCUGUACAUUUUGCCUCCCAUCUCUUGUUCUACAAAUGCUAGAAGCUUCCUCUCCCUUUCCACUGAAAUCUGGUAGUCUGGGGGUUACGGUUCAUGGGGUGUGGAGGAUUCCUCCCCCCGCCCCCCGGACUCCCAUGACGUCUCCUCCAGCUCAAUGCCCUCCCUGUGCAAUGCUCUCUCCCAACAGAACAGCAAAGGCCAGGCGCCGUCCGACGUGGUCCCAGACCCCAUGGACAUGACCUUGGACAAAGCCGAGGCGGCCAUGAUCGCCAAGGAGCUGAAGCAGCUGCUGCUGGACGCCGUGCCCUUGAGCUGCAACCUCCCCAAGGUCACCCUGCCCAACUAUGACAACAUCCCGGGCAACCUCAUGCUCAUCUCCCUCGGCCUCAAGCUCGGCGACCGGGUCAUGGUGGACGGGCUGAAGGUAAGGCCAAGGUGUCCCUCAUCGUGGCAGGUGGGUUUGGGACCCCCAUCACCAGUGUCUCUUGGCGAGGACUGAAAAGCCCACUGUGGUGACAUCUAAUGGGUUGUGUCCAAUGCUAGUCCUACUCAGAGUUGACCCACUAAAUCCAUACAGUGGUACCUCUGGUUGCGAACGGGAUCCAUUCCGGAGGCCUGUUCGCAACAUGAAAAGAGCGCAACCCGCAGCAGUGCGUCUGCGCACGCACGGGUUGCGAUUCGUCGCUUCUGCACCUGCGCGUGACGUCGUUUUGCGCGUUUGCGCAUGCGCAAGUGGCAAAACCUGGAAGUAACCCUUUCCGGUACUUCCAUGUCAUAACCUGAUAUUAUUGUGCCAACAAUAUUAAUUUAGAUGGGUCAGUGGUCCGAUUCAUUUUUAUAAAGUGACUUCCUCUGUUGCGUCUUGUUUCCCCAAUCUCGCCAUGCCUCCCCGCAGUUGGGCACCUUGCGUUUCUGCGGCACGACGGAAUUCGCCAGUGGCCAGUGGGUGGGCGUGGAGCUGGACGAGCCGGACGGCAAGAACGACGGCAGCGUGGGAGGAAUCCGUUACUUUAUCUGCCCUCCGAAACACGGUAAUCUAAAGCGGAGUUAUGCCCCCUUGACACCAGCACUCCUCUGCCAUCAAAUCCAGCAGCCGCCCAAGUCAACUACACAAAUAUCAAAUCUGUAGAAGAGUGCAACUCCUGGGUUUCCCCCAGAACACGCCUUCUAGGCCAGGGGCUCCCAAAGGGGGUGGUUCUGCCCCCUGGGGGAGCGGGAUUUCCUAGCAGGAUGCUAAGAAGGGGGUGUCAGGGGGUCACUGGAAGUAUAAAUUGUUAGAAUUCCCGCUCCAUGAUUGCAGUCAUGGGAUUGUUGUCUAUCACACGACGGUAUAUGUUUUGACUCCACAGAGUAGGAAGUGACGGAGACAGGAUGUUUGUGUUCCUGUGUUCCGUGAAGUGGGACUAUUGUCCUUUGUUCUUUUUCUCUUUGCUGUCUGAUGCUAGAGAGAGAGACGGAGCCGUGUUGCAGUGCUCCGUGUGUGUUUAUAUGUAAAUAAAGUCGAUUAGCCAAAAUGCUGAGUUGCUGAGGUCUGUUACGCAACUGCGAAGACUGCGGAUCCCUAAGUGUGCCGGUGUUGGUUGGCAUCGGUCGCUGUGAUGUUCAGGCUGAAGAAAGCUUAUGAAGCUCCCGAACGAUAGACCAGGAGUGAGAGAACAUGCCAGUCAGGCAUGUGUCUCUGCCAGGGUCCUACUCGAGUGUAUGCUGAGCUCCUGACAUAAAUGACUGCCAUUUUGAAAAGCUGGCAUCACCAAGUUUUUUUGAAUUGAUUAAACUAAAUGGUUCUAAUUGGACGUUUCCGAGCACAAUUCAAAGUCUUGGUGCUGACCUUGAAAGCCCUAAAUGGCCUCGGUCCAGUAUACCUGAAGGAGCAUCUCCACCCCCAUCGUUCAGCCCGGACACUGAGGUCCAGCUCCGAGUGCCUUCUGGCGGUUCCCUCACUGCGAGAAGCCAUGUUACAUGGAACCAGGCAGAGGGCCUUUUCAGUAGUGGCACCUGCCCUGUGGAAUACCCUCCCAUCAGAUGCCAAAGGAAUAAACAUCUAUGACGUUUAGAAGACAUCUGAAGGCAGCCCUGUUUAGGGAAGCUUUUAAUGUUUAAUGCUGUAUUGCGUUUUUAAUAUCCGGCUGGCAGCUGCCCAGAGUGGCUGGGGAAACCCAGCCAGAUGGGCGGUGUAUAAAUUGUUGUUGUUGUUUGCACAGUUCUUACCCGCCAUGUAAGCUUUGGGCUUCCGGUUUUCCUUCCCCUUUGCCCUUCCCAGGAGUGUUUGCUUCUGUGUCCAAGAUCACCAAAGCCGCCGAUCAGACGCCUUCGUCGGUGACCUCCACCCCACGAACCCCCCGCAUGGACUUUUCCCGCAUGACCGCAAAGGGCCGGAAGGAAAAAGACAAGGACAAGAAAGGUAAACUGGACUCUCUUUCAUUGUGGACUCUCCUUUUAAGCAGAGGUUGGAGGGCCCCCUGUCGUGGAUGCUUUACUUGAGACACCUGAAUUGCAGGACGUCAGACUAGAGGACUCUUGUGGUCCCUUCCUGUUAGGAUUCUUUUCCCGUGUUGCAGUCACGGGAUUGUGUUUAUCCCAUGACGGUGUAUGUUUUCAUUCCACAUUGUGGGAAGUGACGGAGACAGGAUGUUUUUAUUACUGUGUUUCCGUGACGCUGGAUGUUUGUCCUUGUGUCCUCUCUCUUUGCUGAUGAGCAAGAGGAAGGAGCGGACUUGCGAUGCUCCGAGUGUGUAUACGUAAAUAAAUGUAGUUUCGCCAAAAAGCUGCGCUACUGAGUCUGAACGCUGACUGCCUAUACUUCUGAUCCUGAAGUGUGCUGAUAGUUCUUGGUAUCAGUCGCUGUGAUGUUGGGGCUGGAGAAAGCUUUUGAAUCUCCUGAAAGAACGACCAGGAGGGAGAGAACAUGCCAGUCAGGCAUGUAAAUAAAUAAAUAAACCUUUAUCGUCACUAUACCACCUAUGUGCAGUGAAAUUAAAUGAGCCCCACUCAGUCUUGUUCGAUCUCUGUGUGCUUGUCGGAAGUCAAUUGCACCACUCUUUUUUCCCAUUCAGCAGCACAAUAGCCCACGGAUAAAAGCUGUUCUUUAAUCUGUUAGUGCGGCUAACUAUACUUCUGUAUCUCCUGCCCGAAGUUAGGAGACUAAAGAGGUGCUGCUCAGGGUGUGAGUCGUCUCUAAGAAGUUUCCUCACUCUCUUGAGGCAGCGGUCUCCCGCGAGGGCCUUCUCGGUGGUGGCACCCGCCCUGUGGAACGCCCUCCCGCCAGAUGUCAAAGAGAACAACAACUACCAGACUUUUAGAAGACAUCUGAAGGCAGCCUUGUUUAGGGAAGCUUUUAAUGUUUAAUAGGUUAUUGUAUUUUAAUAUUCUGUUGGAAGCCGCCCAGAGUGGCUGGGGAAACCCAGUCAGAUGGGCGGGGUAUAAAUAAUAAAUUAUUAUUAUUAUUAUUAUUAUUAUUAUUAUUAUUAUUAUUAUUUCAUCUAGUGAACUCCGGGGACAGCCCAUGAUGUCAUGUGCUGUAUUCACCACCCUCUGUAGGGAUUUCCUGUCCAUGGCUGUCAAACCAGCGUACCACAAUGUAAUACAGGAUGAAAGGACACUUUCUAUUGUGGACCGGUAGAAGGAGAUCAUCACUUUUUGUUUGACAUUGUUCUUUCACAAGACCCUGAGGAAAUGGAGUCUCAUCUGUCUCUGUCGGCUUCCUACUCAUGCGUAGGACCUCCUGACACUUCCAACUCUACAGGUCUAUGAUUCUAUACAGAUAGUUUUACAAACAACAGACAUAAUAAAUUAUAGACCUGGAUGUGUCGUAGGAAUCCCCCGCAAUUGUUUUCAGGUGUUCACCAUGUUUUUGGAUGCUUUUAAAUACGUUUUAUUUUAAUCGAGAUAGAAAUUUGAUAAAUAAAACAAGAUAAAUAAGUUAUGUAGUGAAAUAUACUCGGAAUCGAGUCUGGAUUUCAUGCUCUUUAUUCAGCUCAUGGUGGUGAGGAGGAAUGGAAGUUCCCCCAGAAUGUCUGCUUUAUAUACAUUAUUUACACAAUGGGCCGCACAUGAUUGGCUAAUUCAGGGAUUCUCCUGUAGGCCAAUCAGGUUGCGGAUUCCCUUCCACCUGGAGCUGGAUUGGGUGGCUCCUGUGGACCAAUCAGACUGCUGCAUUCUGGGUCCUAUUGUUCUAGGACCAAUCAGACUGCUGCAUUUUGGAUCCUAUUCAACUCAGUACAUAACAUGUAGCAAACUAAAACAGAUCUCGCUUCUUUCCACCCGUCUGCUCUGUCCAGCUCUCAGGAAGAAGUCCUUAUCUGUUGGCAGCCUGGACCGUGAAGGACUGAAGAUUGAGAUUGGGGAUCACGUCCUGGUGGCAGGUCAGAAGCAAGGCAUCAUUCGUUUCUACGGGAAGACAGAUUUUGCCCCAGGUAAGCCAAGAGCUGGUGAUCUGGGAAGCCAUUUCCAUGGGAGGGUUAAGAUCCUGUCUAGGGGGUGGGGCAGAGCAUUGAGACCGACGUGCAGACUUUGGAUCGGUAGCAUGAAAAAAAUAACCCCAGGAGUCCUGAUCCGAGCUCAGGGUUCUGAGUUCAAGUCCUGCCUCUGCUGUGAUGUCCCUGCGUGGCCUCAGAUCAUUUUCAGUUUCACCCCUCUGAAAAUGGGAGUAACAGUGGUCUAUCUCAUGUGUUGUUCUUUUGGGAGAGUGCAAACGAGGACGCUGAUUCCAAAGCAUUCUGCGGGAUUAAGGUUGUAGUCCUCAGCGUUACUAAUGUGGAAGGGAGUCCCCUUUGAAAUCUGUGAGACGAAUUCCUAGUCUCUGUUGGAAUUAGCAACAGCAAUUUAAAAAUCUGCAUUUCUGUCUAAUUUGCAUGUUUUUCUUUCCCUUUCUCUCUUUCUCUCCAGGCUACUGGUUUGGCAUUGAACUUGACAAGCCCACAGGAAAACACGAUGGCUCUGUCUUUGGAGUUCGCUAUUUCACCUGCGCCCCUAAGCAUGGAGUCUUUGCCCCUCCUUCCAGAGUGCAGAGGUGUGUGGGAUUUAUAUUUGGCGUGAUUUAACAAAAUGCUAAAAUAGCUUUUAACAUAGCUAAGAGUGAUCCUGUUCUAAUUUGGGGAGCAUAUUCUGUAGAUAAGCUGCUGAUUCGUUUGUUGCCUUUUCUUGAAAAUUAGGCGGUAUAUAUUGUGGGAUAAGGGACGCGGGUGGCGCUGUGGGUUAAACCACAGAGCCUAGGACUUGCCGAUCAAAAGGUCAGUGGUUCGAAUCCCUGCGACCGGGUGAGCUCCCGUUGCUCGGUCCCUGCUCCUGCCAACCUAGCAGUUCAAAAGCACGUCAAAGUGCAAGUAGAUAAAUAGGUACCACUCCAGCGGGAAGGCAAACGGCGUUUCCGUGCGCUGCUCUGGUUCACCAGAAGCGGCUUAGUCCUGCUGGCCACAUGACCCGGAAGCUGUACACCGGCUCCCUCGGCCAAUAAAGUGAGAUGAGCGCUGCAACCCCAGAGUCGGCCACGACUGGACCUAAUGGUCAGGGGUCCCUUUACCUUUACCUAUAUUGUGGGAUGUGAUACAUAAGCAGCAGUCAAGUACAAACAUUCCGUGUUUUCCUAGAGUGGACAUGCAAGGGGAUGUUUGGUCCAGCCAGUCGAAAACUUCCUGUUUCCUCCUGCCUGGGACAUACUUCCUUUGCAUGUGACUAGAGGUGGGCGUGACUUACCUGUCCAGGUAACAAAAGGGGCAAGGCACACAGCACUCUCUCUGUUUUUCACUUCCUCUGUCAUUGGAGCAGCUUUUUAGCUAGAAAUGCUCUGUUGGCUUCUAGCCAACAGAGGACACUGGGAUUAUCCCCAUAUGGGAUAGAUCCACAUGUAUAACUUUGUAACUAAGUCUGCCUUCAGGGAUCCAACUGUGAACUGAAUGUGAGUAAACUUUUUUUAUAUGCAGUGGACGCUCGGGUUGUGAGCGUGAUCUGUGCGGGAGGCAUGUUCGCAACCCGCAGCGUUCGCAACCCACAUCAGCACAUCUGCACAUGCACGGGUUGCAAUUUGGCACUUCUGCACAUGUGCAAAGCAUGAUUUAGCGCUUCUGCGCAUGCGCAACCGCCGAAACCUGGAAGUAACCCAUUCCGGUACUUCCGGGUUUCGGUGGUCAAUAACCCCCAAAAAAUGCAACCUGAAGCGUCUGUAACCCAAGGUAUGACUGUACUUUACACAAGAUUGUAGCGUGUUUAUUCUUUUAAGAGGGAUAUAAGGGAACUUACCAGGAACCUAAUAGUGAGAGGCUUACACGAGCCUGCAACCAGCUACUUCUUGGGCGUUUAAAAGGGGAAUGUAAAACUCUGCUAAGUAAAGAAACUUGCUAGCACAGGUUAGGAAGGAUAUUAAUAAACAAUAUAUCCUCUCCUGCCUCCCUGAACAUUUUAAAAUAAUCAUAGCCACUACUACAAACAUCAGAGUUCCAAAGGGGGCAUGUGGGAAGACAGCAUGUUGAGAAGGAUGUUGAGAAGCUGGAAGGUGGGCAGAGGAGGGUGACCAAGAUGAUCAAAAGCCUGGAAACUAAGCCUGAUGAGGAACGGUUGAAGGAGCUGGGUACGUUUAGCCUGGGAAAGAGGAGAAAUGAGAGCCACCUUCAAAAAUCUGAAAGGAAGAUGGAGCAAGCUUCUUUUCUGCUGCUCCAGAGGGCAGAACCCAAACAGUGGCUUCAAAUGACAAGGAGAUUCUGACAAAAAAUCAGGGGAAAAAUUCCAACGGCAGGAGCUGUUCAACAGUGGAACAGACUCCCUCAGAAGGUGGUGGACUCCCUUGCAGAUUUUUAAACGGAGACUGGGCGGCCAUCUGUCAGGGAUUAUUUAGCUUGUGGUUCCUGCAUUGCAGGGAGUUGGACUAGAUGACCUUGGGGGUACCCUUCCAAAUCUACAAUUCUUUGAUCUCCUGGCAAUUAAUCUGGUUUUUAUGCUUGCAUUGUUCUUGACUGUGAAUUAAUCGUGGCCGUCUCUCUGCUGCAGAAUCGGAGGCCCCAAAGAUUCCCAGGGAGAUGGCACUUCGGCAAAGAAAGUCCACCAAGUCACUAGUAGGUACACCCUGGGUUUUGUCCCCUGUUUCCUCCCACGUGAGCAAAGAUGCAAUACAAGAGUUUCCAAAUAUCUGUUCCCCACUUUUGCCGGCCUCCUGUGCUUUUUAAUGCUGCCUGACAAGUUCAGCAGGUGAUGUUUUCCCAUAUACCGUAUUGGCCUGAAUAUAAACCGCAAUAUAAGCUGCACCUUUAAAAUUCAAGGGGGGGAGAGAGAAGAAAAGUCAAUACCCGAAUAUAAGCCGCUUCCUUAAAAUUCGGCAGGCACUCACACCCGUUCCGUUCCACCGUAUGUCUGUUUCAGCAGCGAUAUUGUAAAAGUCAAUUUUUGUAAGGUCGCGAAUUUAAGCCGCACUUUAACUUUUCACGGUCGGAAUUUGGGAAAAAAUGUGAGGCUUAUUUUUAGGCUAAUAUGGUAGAUGCAGCUGCAUUUAAAACUUUUAUCACAUGCCUACCUAGACGCGUACUUUUGUUUUAAAACUGCUGACUUAUUUACAUGUUUUGAUCAAUUUUAGGUUAAAUCGUUUUUUUAAAAAAAUACUUGAUUUUAUUGCUCUUUUUAAAUAUUUUAUAUUAUUUUAUGCAAACCACUUAGGGUUCCUUUUUGUUGAUUAAAUGGUACAUGGAUCUUGCUAAAUGAAUAAAAUUUUGCUAGAUUUCAGGUUAGGAACCCCUCCCCCCUAAAAAACCCCAAACAUUUGGCAACCGUAGGCAACAACCGGGAAGCAAAGGGCUGAAUUGUCACAUGCAUGUUGUAAGACAGGAUUUCACAACAGGACAUAUUGUGUAAAAAGAAUAAAUUAUUUUAGAAGAAUAUGCACCUGUGGGUGGGUUCGCUGUUUGUUUGUUUUUUUGCAAGAGAAAUGAAUUAGGGGAAUCUGAGAGAUCCAUUUCACUUAAUCUUCAGGUGUGGCGUGGAUCAUAUUUUCCUCCUCUUCUGGAUUUCCUUUGCCCAUUCCCUUCUUUCUCUGAUGGAAAUAGGGACGUCCCAUUCCAUAAUGAUAAUUUUACUAUUUAUACCCCACACAUCUUACUGGGCCAGCCACUCUGGGCAGCUUCCAACAUAUAUAAAAACAUAAUAAAACAUUAAACAAGCUUUUAAUGUUUAACAGACUAUUGUACUUUAAUAUUUUGUUGGAAGCCGCCCAGAGUGGCUGGGGAGACCCAGUCAGAUGGGCGGGGUAUAAAUGGUAAAUUAUUAUUAUUAUUAUAAAAACUUCCCUAUACAGGAUUGCCUUCAGACAGCUCGGGGAGUCAGAUAACUCCAUACCCUCCAACAUUUCUCCAAUGAAAAUUAGGGCGUCCUAAGGAAAAGUGGGAAAUUCUGAGAUCAAAUAAGAAACUGGGACGGCUUCUCUUAAGUCAGGGAUGUCCCUGGAAAUUAGGGGCAUUUGGAGGGUCUGGGAAUGGCAUCUUACCUGGGGCAGAGAUAGGAACCCUCAGAAGGUGGGGGCAAGAAAGAGGCAUCAUUGACUGAAAGUGCCCCCCUUUCGACUUCCGGGGUGGCGCCUCCGGAAAAUGGCGGAAUUCCCUUCGGACUGAAGGGAACCCGCUGCACGGAGGCUUGGGUCCUGCCGCUACGGCGCAGCGGGGACCCGCAAAAACCACAGGCGGAAGAAGCCUGUGGACGUGGGACUCGGCGGGCACCGAGAGCGCUCUCCCCUUGUACAGGAGCCCGGUAACGGGCUCCGGAGUGGGAGGUGCGUGGUGCUGUGAGUCGACUGCUUCCUCCGUGCAGCAAAGCCGCACUGCCAUUAUCGGAGAGCGCUGCCUUUUCCUGGACAAUUUGGCAUCUAAAAUAUCUAUCCGUGAGUACCUGAUCUUGGAAGAGUUGAACCACUUUUAAGACUGGUGAAUAAACAAACAAUAUUGGACUUGAAAUUGAACUUAAUUGGGACUCGGAAUGGGAAGGUCUAAACAGGAAGUCGCCUUCCGUUCUUUUGUUAUGUGAAGAAAGCAAAGACAAAAUAUACUAAAGCUUGAAAAUUAAAUUCUAAGAGAACUAGAAUUCAACAUCUAAGAUUUCUAACCCCCCCUUUGACUGCAGGAGAAGAAGGGGGUUGUAUUUGGACUUUUCAAUCCUGCGGAAGUGAGUUUAAAAUAAAGCAAUUUUCCACCGCCCUGAACCAGGAGCGGGCUGUCAGAAUUGACGUUCUGAAGUUUAUCCAGCUCGACAGUUAGUUAAAAGAAGGGUAACAUUUUGAUUCUACUGUUGCCUCUUGAAUUUGGAAGGGGAAUUUUGGAUAAAGUUUUUCUGGAAAAAGAAAGAAUGUUGCUGUUGCAUUUAUUCCAUUAAAAAAAAAAAAUUUCCAUCUAGUGGAAUUUAGUGAAAUUGCAACGCAGAGAGAUUAAAAGAGAAGGACUAUUGGACUAUUCUCGUGGGAAAGAAUUUUCUUUGACCUUGAAGGACAAUGCUAGUACAAAGGCUGGAACAAUUGUUCCUGGAAGGUUUUUCAAAACUAAGUGCCCAGCUGGACCAGAUGCGUCAGGAGACGACCUUGAUGAUGGAAGUUACCAGAGCACAGCAGCAAACAAAUGAAAUUCAGUUAAAGGCUAUACAAGCAUAUGAACCUGCUGUAGUGACGGAGGCUUCAGAGAUGGAGGGACCUUUGGACGGGCAAGAUCAGCCUUUGAACCUGAUAAAUGAACUUGGGACAAACCAGAUUCGGAAAGAUGAAAUGUGGUCAGAUUUGGAAAUGGGGGAUGGAUCGACCCCCUCCAUAUGGUUAUUUGGACCUUCCGAGUCUGGUGAUGGGCUAUCAGAGGAUUGGAGUAGUCCAAGUCUCCAAGCUUUGUGGAAAUUUGAAGUGGUAUUAUUUGCUGUCUGGCUUGGGCAAUGGGUUUGGGAUGGACUUGCUGCAAAGGGUCAAAAGCAUUUUCUUGCUGGAGCAUCCACGACUGGAAAGGAAUCAUCAACAAGAGUGGCGAAAGGGGCAAGAAAGAGACUUGAGGGCCUCGGAUACGAGACAACCAGGUUAAGGAGCCGGAUUAUCGAGGUUAAAAGGACUGACAAUCCCGGGUCCAGGGGGGGGAGGUUGGAAGCUGACUGGACUGAAUUUGACUUAUUAUUUUUUCUUUUUUAUUUUUUAAUAUUGGGAAUGCUUACAAAUGUUUGAAGGAUGUUGAAUGAAAUUACAUGGCUUAAGUAAGGAUUGGUAAAUGAUUCAGUAAAAGGUAAUGAUACAAGAAUUUGGUAAAUAUUGAAUAUAAGCUAUGAGUUUUAAAGUUUUUAUAUGACAAGAGGGAAAAUAGAAUAAGGAAACGUAAUGACAGAUUGUUAUGAAAAACAGAAAGGAUUUGCUGUAAAAAUUAAAAAUUAAGAAACAAAAGAGGGGAGGAGGAGGAAGUCUAGAAAGGAAGUCAAUAGAGAUUGUAAAGGACUUUAUAUUUUUGUUUUUAUGUUUCUCUUUUUUUUUUCUUUGCGGCUGGGUUUUCUUUUCUUUUUUGUUUAUGUACUAUUUUUGUUUUUUGUAUCCUCAAAUUUUUUUUGGAAAUUUUUGUUGUUAUUCUUUGAAAAUUUAAUAAAUAUCAAUUAAGAACUGAAAGUGCCCCCCUUUCUCCAUUAAAAAAAAACACAUUCAUUUUUCAUUUUCGUUCAUUACAUACAUCUCAAAUUCUUAACAUUUGCUAUAUAUUCCUCCCUCCCUCCCCUCCAAGACUUCCCCCAACUUGCGUUUCUGGUUUGUUUCUAUUUUCGCCCACUUUGCUAUCUCUCAACAGAAAAAGUUAUUAAUAAUAUAACAUCAAACCUUAAAAACAUAAAAAUAAAAUUAAAUACAUCAUCUUAUUUCGCUAUCUUCCAAACCUUUUCUGAUGCUAAUAAUGUGAAUGUUUAUUUAAAUCCUGCCAUCAAGUCUAUUGACUUCUUAGUUUCUGCAAAUAUAAUAUGAAUGGUUCCCAGUCUUUUUCAAAGCCUCUGUUGUCUUUUUCUCUUAGUCUUUCUGUCAUUUUUGCCAAUUCUGCAUAGUUCAUCAACUUUUCUUGCCAUUGUUCUUUAGCUGGUAUUUCUCCAGUCUUCCAAUUUUGUGCAAUCAACAUUCUUGCUGCAGUAGUGCAUACAUAAAUAAAGUCCUCAUUUCUUUUGGUAUGUCUUGACCUAAAAUACCUGAUAAAAAGGCUUCUGGUUUUUUUUACAAAAGUUAUUUUUAAUGUUUUCUUCAAUUCAUUAUAUAUCAUUUCCCAGUAGGCUUUUACCUUCUUACAAUCCCACCACAUAUGAUAGAACGUACCUUCUGUUUCACAUCUCCAACACACUUUCUUUUCAUUUUUAUACAUUUUUGCCACCCUUUCUCCGUUCUUAAAAGGACCACCUCUUCCUUUUCCCUCUCCUGCAGUCUCACAGCCAAAGCGCAACUUCACAGCAGUCAGAACCCCAAAAGAUAUCACAUCGGAAAACUCCAUCUCUAGGUAAGGACAACCUAUGUUUGCCUCCCUUUGAAAUCUCUUCAAUUCACAUACAUCAGGCAUGUCCAACUCCCAAGAGACUGCCAUCUACUCCCACCAUAAAAAACUGACACUGGUCUACCCAUUGGAUUGACCAAAGUUGUUGAGUUUUUUGGGAGGGUGUCAAUCAGGAUCACAUGAUCAACCAGGGACACCCCGUGAUCAACCGGUAGAUCGCGAUAGACCGAUUGGACAUGCCUGACCUACAUAGACUCCUGUCCCCCUCCCAUUUCAAGUAGAGUAGUAAGUGGGAGGAACUUGAGGAGACCAAGGAGGGGAGCCAAGGACCAGUUUGGGUGAAGCCUACUGAGGAUUUUGCAGUUCAGCCUGGCAACUGAGGUGGAUUUUGGUGGGCUUGAGCAGGUCAGGGGUGAAGCCUAGCAGAUUUGGGCAGGUCCGGGGCUUAACCUAGAGCAGGGAUGGGGAACCGGUUGCCUUCCUGAAGUUGUUGGACUCCAACUCCCAUCAGCCCCAGCCAGCUGAGGUCAUGGAUGAUGGGAGUUGUUGCUACAAGGAAGAAGCUGGAAACAUUCACUUCCUAAUUCGCACUUAACCACAAAUUAUUCAAAGGUUUGAAAGGACAAAUGGUGGGGAGGGUAAAUGAUGAACCGCAAACAAAGUCAGCUCCAGAAACCAUGGUUUGAUCCUGUCUUGUUUCAAUAAUACAUAGCUGCUGCUGCUUCUUUCUUCUUCUUCUUUGGUGAUCACUCGUAGCUGAGUAAGAUUGUCUUCCAUAAACAUGGUUUUAAAAGUGACUGUGGAGGCCAGUUCUGGAUCCACACGUCCUUCCACAGUGGGGACAUUGGUUUCUGGGUGGGAGUUGAUCACGAUGUGGAUUUGCCAAGCACAUUUCCUCUUAGCACAUUUCUCCCUUGCGUCUUGAGUUCGAGUAGACGCGGGUGGUGCUGUGGGUUAACCCACAGAGCCUAGGACUUGCCGAUCAGAAGGUUGGCGGUUCGAAUCCCUGUGACAGGGUGAGCUCCCAUUGCUUGGUCCCUGCUCUUACCAACCUAGCAGUUCAAAAGCACGUCAAAGUGCAAGUAGAUCAAUAGGUACUGCUCCGUCAGGAAGGUAAACGGCGUUUCCGUGCGCUGCUCUGGUUCGCCAGAAGUGGCUUAGUCAUGCUGGCCGCAUGACCCGGAAGCUGGAUGCCGGCUCCCUCGGCCAAUAAAGUGAGAUGAGCGCCGCAACCCCAGAGUCGGCCACGACUGGACCUAACGGUCAGGGGUCCCUUUACCUUUACCUGAGUGUCUUCAUAGCCCAUGACACCUUUGGUAAAAGCUGUUCUCCAACUGGAGCGCUCACGGGCCAGUGUUUCCCAAUUGCUGGCAUUUAUACACAGUUAUACCUUUUUGGACAUAACAAUAAACUGUGGUUAGAGUUAGAAACAAAAUGGAUGAUUGCAACCUUAUUGAGAUGAACAGCUAAUGUGCAAACCCAAGACUCCCUUGUACUCAUUUAUACAAUCAUAGUCCUUUAGUACUUUAUUUUCAUAACUGCCCCAGUAACUUAGUGAUGGAUGUUGUUGGCUGUUCUCUGGGUCUCUCCCCUCCCCCCCUCCAAUAUUGUGUCUUAUGAUCUGAACUAUGAAUUGUGUUCAAGUCUCUCUGAGUGCAGAGAAUAUAAACAUGGUUUAAAUGAAUUCUGCAAAUACAUUUGCUCAAAGCCAUCCAAUUGCCUUCAGAGCAGAAGCUGGAUUUUGCCUUCUGGAUCCGUACCUGACUUUCAAAUCCACCCUAGCAUAUAUAUAGAGUACAGCUGGUUUAGGCCUUGCCUUACCAAUGAAAGUGCCUAAGCAUUACAUUGAGAGGAGCUGGUUUAAACCCACCUUCCCCGACCUAAAUAUUCGUUAUUGUUAUUUAUAAAAUUUGUUAGUCGCUUCAUCUUUCGCAAGGCAGCUCAAAGCGACUUGCAACCAUGACAUGCCCUCCAGAUGUUUUGGAAUCACAACCCACCAGCCCCAGCCAGCAUGGGCCCCUCCGGCACAUCUGGAACACAACAAGUUGGAGAAGGUUGGUUUAAGGGACGUCCAGAGCGUUGAUUGUUGAGAUGCACAUGGAGAAACCGCGAAUCGUUCAGUGGUUCUAGGAAGAGGAGCCUUUCAUACCAACCUUCAUCUGAAGAUCAAAGGGCAGUUUGUACAAUGUAACAUGUUUCCUCUUCUGCUGCUUCCUGUCCUUCUCCAGAGCUUCAUCAAUAGUCAUUUUUCAAACUCUCUCUCCCCUUCCCUUUGUCUUCUGCAGGUUACUUUUCUGCUGUUGGUUUCCGUGGAUGCUCCGUGCAGAAAUGCAGUCGUAAACCUACCUGCGGCUCCCUCUUCCCUUUCCCCCUGCUGUUUCUUCGCUCUCCAAGUAAUCAAAGACUGCUCUUCGGUUAUUUUUUGCCCUCAUCUCUCCUCCCCUGAUUGCCGUUCUAGUGAACCCCAGUGCCUUGUUAAAACAUAUUAACACCACCCCUCUAGUAGUUUGUGAGAAAUGCUAUACUUAUACCUUCCGUCCCCCGUUUCCUGGCACUCGUACCCAUGGGAUUUCGGCUAAAGCAGGUCUCUUCUGGCACCUCUUCGUUUUCCAGCCUAUUAAUUGGCACCUAAAAGCUCACGCUGUUAGUCGGCUCAGAGGUCUUUAAAUGGAGGACGGAGCCCUAGGAGCUGUGGUCUGGAGACAAAUCUCUGGCUUCCUCCCCACUCGCCUGGUGUGUGUCGCAAAAGAUCCCAAACUCGCGGAAUUUCUCAUUAUGCCUGCUGGAAAAUCACAAGUGCAGAGCAGAUUGCCUUGGUAGAAGCUGAACCCUGUUGCCUGAGACAAGAUUAAUGUUAUCUUCCCUCUGCUAUGCUCCCGGUUCUGCCCUCUCCUCAUUCUAGCUUUCUCCUAAAAAGAGGGUGCCCCGGGCAACCUGGUCCCUUGCGGUGCAGGCCUGUUCAGGGGCUGCUCAGAAGUAAGCCCCAUUGAGUUCACUAUUUGCAGGUAAGUGUGCUCAGCAGGAGUGGCUAACCCAUGGCCUGUGGGCAAUAUCCGCGUCCACCUCCCCCAGCAAUUUCUGGUGGCCCCCACAGAGCAACUGGCUUCUUUCCCUCUGCUCCCCAGACAGGCGGGUAGUGCUGAUGAGUCUCGACAUUGCACAAAAGGCAAAAACCUGCCUUUGAACCCCAGUUGCUGGCAAUUGCAGGUGGGGAAGAGCGUUGCUGUGUUCAUGGCCUGUUUAUGGACUUCAUGUCAGGGAAUCUGGUUGGCCGCUGGGGUACCCAGGAUGCUGUUCCCCCUUUUGGCUUGAUCCAGCAGGGCUUCUGAUGCCCUUAUGAGAGGGGGGAGGUUUCCAGCCUCUCUUGCAAUCAGGGAGAGGGGAUAUCACCUUCACCCAAAGGGCCCCUUCUCUCUUGGGGACAGCGCCUUCAUCAAGAGGUAUCGAAGAAGCUCAUGAAACAGGAGGAAGCCCUCCCAAGACCACAGAAGGACACAAAAGCCAUGCAGGAUGGCAGCUUGAAACAGCAAUGAAGCCUUCUCCAAGUCGAGACCUUCCAGAUGCUUUGGACUACAACUCCCAUCAGCUCCAGCACUGACUGCUGUGGCCAAUGGGAGCACAGCUGAGCCCGCUGGGGCUGAUGGGAGUCGUAGUCCAAAAUAUUUGGCGAGCGAAGGCUGGCUCUGGCAAGGCAUUCUCGCCGACCCCAUUCACACAGACAGGAGCAGGAGUUAAAGUCCGCAGCGUCCAGGGUCCCGACUUGUAGCAUCUGAGCACACUGACUCACUGGACAAAUUAGUUUUCUUUGCAACUGAACAAUAGCGACCUGUGGGGUGCAGAUGCAAGUCUCAUCUAAAACGUAGUGUGUGUUAGCAGCUGUGCUUAGCAUUUGUGUGAGUUAGCCUACAGGGAGGAGGAAACCAGCCAGUAACAGCCUGUGAUGGUUUGUAGUAUGUGUAUCUCUGUGUGUAUAUUGAGCAUAUAUUUCCAGAAGUCACUUUUUCCUAUUAAAAAAAUGGGGGUGGGUGGUGGGUGGGAGAGAAUAAAUAAAUAUUAUAACUUUCCUUUUGCCAGCCUGGUGCCUUCCAGAUGUUUUGGUUGCGCUGAUGGAAGCUGCCUUCCAAAACAUCUGGAGGGAGCCAGGUUUGCAAAAGCUGCUAUAACUCACUGUUACUUCAACUCCAGCAUUCAUUAGCUGCAGCAUGUUAGCUAUUAUAAUCCAUCUCAGUUAACAUUUUAAACAUACGGCUUUUGCUCAGAGGUCCCUACAUUUUAGCUCACUUGGAAAGGGUUUAAUCGAAAUAUUGGGACAGCAAGAGAGCACAUGGUAUCGGCCUGUCAGGGCAGUUCCUGAGGCUGGCAAGGUGGAGAGUUCCUGGGUUUGAAUAUUGCUGCAGAACUGAUCAGGAAUCAGGACGAGCGUUAAAGUCAGCUGGGAAAGCAAAAUCUUCAAAUACAGUCACCCUUUUGAAGUUUUGGUGGAGGAAUCUCUGCAUCAGCGCUUUGAGAUUGUGGGUGCAAACCGGGUGGCACCCGCAGUCAGAGAGCACGCAGUUAGAAAACAAAGUACUGUGCAUAAUUUCAUCCCAGACCGAGCUGAGAUUCCCAUUCUUCCUCCCAGCUUGGGAGAGGAGUAAGGGCAAGGCCUCCUUUCCCCACCUCCUGAGCAAAUUCCUUCCUUGCUCAUCUCUCUGCAUAUGCUCCCGUUUCCUUCCUUAUCACACCUGCAAGGUCCGUUUGGAGACUGCGGAAAGCAAUCCUGAAAAAAACAGGCCAAAGGGCUUUGGGAAGAUGACUACGAAUGUCACAUUCAGAAGUCUUCUGCCUUCAGCCUGUGCAGAAAGGCAACAGGUGCAGCCUUUUUUGGGGGGUGGAGCACAGGCUCCCAGUGAUGAUAACGCUGCACCUGUUGAAUUAGGGCUGCUUGGACAGCCACGUCUGGAGAGGAUGUUUGCAUUCCAGCAUAAAGACUCAAACCUGGGGAAACAUUUGGGGUCUUGAGGAAAGACUGGUAUGCAAAGAUUGCAGUCCAAGCCUCUUGCCUUUCACCUUCCCCUCCGUGCUAAAUCCCCCCCCCAUAUUCUCUUUUGUUUCGAGAUGCCAAGGUACCCCCAAUCUUGCGCCAUCCUUUGGCCAUCAGCCUGCCAUCUCUCAGCUGUAAAUACACAUGACCUCCUCAUCCUUCACUUGUCCUUGUAACUUCCUUAUCACUCUGCAACCUUUCACUGACCAGCAAUAAAUAAACCUUUCAGUUGAUUUCAGCUUCGCGUUUGGCCACUAGGGGAAAGAACCUUGGCCUGUCCUUCCACCUCCCUUGUCCGAACCGGGAGUACGUAGUCUUCCCCAAACAUAGCAAUGACAACUUGCCACUGGCGUUACACCGGAUCUCAGUCGCAGGCCUUCCCCGUGGCUUCCUGUGAGAUUCCCUUCCUUUUUAUGUAGAAACCACACUGGAUUGUGUUCUUUCUGCCUCCAUGUAUAUUCUUUAUUUUUUAAACGAAACAAAUAACUUUGUAAACUGUCGAGUGAGAUGGCUUGCCGUGCCCUCUGCUGAGCUCUCUGUUGAAUCUUGCAUGAUUUCUGUCCUCCCUGACCCCCUCGUCCGCCCAGGCACACUGGAGGAAGGAAAAAAUCGGGGGGCAGGGGCCUUAGCAUGACAAAAAUAUCACUAUGCUAUUGCUUAUCUGUUAUUAACAAAUGAAUAAAAAGUGUUUCUAUGUG